GGUCUGCAUGUAUCUGAGUCUGAUGCUGAGAGGAAGGCAGUUUGAGAAAGGAGGACGCUCUGAGGACGACCGCUGCCUGCAUCACAAGAUAGAAAUGUGGCUUAAAUGGGUGAUUGUAGCAUUUCUCACGGUGGCAGGAGCGGUCCUGGGGAUGCCAAUGGAGCAAGAUAUACGUUUGGAUGAUGAAGUGAAAAAGCAGCAUGUCAAUUUGGGCUCCUCUCUGACCUUGCGCUGCUGUUUAAAUAUCAACAAGUCACAAAGAUUUAGAGUGAAAUAUUCAUUCCAAAGCUUGAAACAAAGUGACACCGACAACUUAACUGUUGAACAUUGUAAUCUUAAUAAUACUCUUAAUGCGAAUUACACCCUGAUGAAUGGAUGCCAAAGUGCAUGCACUCUAUCAAAUAUAAGUAAAAGAAACUAUGGAUUUUACUCUUGCAAAGUUACAAGUGAGAUUCCUGUACUAACUGAUUUUAUCAGCAACAGAACAGAAAUAGCAUUGGAGAACUUUAUGGGAAAUACAACGGUUCAGUCAGAAACAACGAAAACCCAAGGGAUCAGCGUCGCGUCCACGGAGGAUAAUUUGUGGAUGUGGGUCCUCACUGGCGUUUCGUCUUUUAUCCUGAUCCUGAUCAUGCUGCUGGUCGUCUUUCUUGCCCAGAAAAGGCCGUGCAACAGAAGCACAGCAGAGGAGCCAAUCUACGUGAACACGCACACAUCAAGCGAUAAGUCCCCUCGGCUGAUGUCAGUUGACAACGUGAAGAAAGUCUCCUCUCAGGACCUGAAAACCUCCAGCCCUGCGCGGAGGUACGAAGAAAGAAACCGGAGAUACAAAUAAUGAGGCCUCCUGCAGCCUCACUCCCCUACAGACUCAUAGUAGCCAUCUAUGCCUCAGCGGAUGGACUGUUUGAUCAGAGAAGUGGACAGAACUGACCACUAGAUGGCGCAACUUGAUGAUUUUUUAUCAAAUUCCUGUUUUGUUUUUUCUUUCUUAAUACCUCAGCACCUGUUAAUAUGAUUACGCUGUAAAUAACUUUUACGUUUUAUUUUUAGCCGAAUAAUUAAAUUAUAUAAAUAUCAAAUAAAUAAUUUUUGACAGCUACUGUAUAAUAUAUCAAAGCCAUUAAAACUGUCAAAGCA